AUGAACGGGCAUACGGCCAACCUCUAUGGCCCCGAGGAAGAGGAGAUGACCACACUUCAGGGAGGUAAUGGGUAUCGAGGUGUCAAUCCCACCAGUCCAAGCACUUUCGACUUUGAGUUUCAAGAUAUUCCUUCUCCGAGACCGAGAGUUCCAUACCGAGCCGGCCAUACCGCCAGUCCCCGAUACAGUCCACCCGAGUAUGCCUCCCAGGGCUGGCUUCAGCCUACACCCAGAACCUCGGAUAUUCCCGAGACCUGGGCAAAUACCCCAUAUGACUCUCGUUCCACAUCACCAACUCUGUAUCAAAACACACCGGUCCAGCAAAGCGCUCAGAGUUUGGCCCCACUGGUCAACACACCCGCCUCACCAGGUUUCUCCAAGGAAUGGGUGCAGACCGGUUCCUCAUCCAUUGCCCGCAUCAGUGAUCGCGACGACGCCGACACCUGGAAAGGAUGGAAGCGCUGGGUCUUCUUCUUGACUCCCUUCCUCACAUUUGGUAACACCGGAAUCUAUCUGUUCUAUCUCGGCCUGCGAAUCUACUGUAUCAUUCAGGCACAAAAUGCCGCCGGAGUCAGCUAUGCUGGUGCUUGGGUCUUUGUCGCCAUUGAGAUUGCCGUCGCGAUUCCCUCACUUAUGCACAACUGUUGGACAAUGCUCGCUUUGAAAAAGCGAGGCCGAGCAAAGCUCCGCUUGACUGGAAACGACUGCCCGACCGUGGACGUCUUUGUGACUUGCUGUGGUGAGGAUGACGAGGUGGUCCUCGACACUGUUCGGGGUACCCUUGACCAAGAUUACCCGCAAGACCGAUUCCGGGUGAUUAUACUUGAUGACGCCAAAUCCGCAACUCUGGAGGAGUCUGUCAUACAACUCUCGUCAACCCACCCGAACGUCUACUAUAUGGCACGAGAGAAGAUUCCCGGAAAGCCGCACCACUUCAAGGCUGGUAACUUGAACUAUGGUCUGGACCAGGUGCAUACCCUACCCGGAGGUGCAGGCCAAUUCAUGGCUGCGCUGGACGCUGAUAUGAUUCCCGAACAAGAAUGGCUUCGCGCAAUCCUCCCCCACUUGUUGGUGGAUCCUAAGAUGGCCCUUGCAUGCCCUCCGCAGCUCUUUUACAAUACCCCUGCGUCUGAUCCCCUCGCCCAGAGUCUGGACUUCUUCGUGCAUGUUAUUGAACCAAUCAAGGACGCGCUCAACGUGGCGUGGUGUACUGGCUCGGGUUACGUCGUGCGUCGGGAGGCCUUGGAAGAGAUUGGCAACUUCCCUCUUGGCUCCUUGGCAGAGGAUGUCGCAACAUCGACUUUGAUGCUUGGCAAAGGUUGGAAAACCGCUUACAUUCACGAGCCGCUGCAGUACGGUACUGUUCCCGAAGACUUUGGUGGUCACUUGAAGCAGCGUACUCGAUGGGCCAUCGGAACUGUGGAUACGGCUUUUAAGCUGAAGUUCUGUCUCUGGGGUGACGCUGUCCGUCAGAUGAGCUUCGCUCAACGUUUCUCUGGAUUCCUCUACGCCACCUUGAGUUUGUAUACGCUCCUUCUGACCGCUUCUCUGUUCGCAAUCCCUGUCAUUCUCUUAUGGGGUAAGCAACUUGUUGCUUACGCUAACCAGGAUGAGCUUCAUUGGCUUAUCUGGGCUUGUUUCGCGGCGACUCUUAGUAACCGUCUGUGCGAGUUUGCGCUGUUUAUUCCCGCUGGUUAUAAUACCGGUCAGCGUGGUUCUCGUUACCAGCUAUGGAUGUCUCCUUACAUUGCCAUCUGUAUCGUUCGCUCCUUUAUGCUGCCUAAGUGGCUUGGUGGUCAAACCCAGGCCUUCAAGCCUACUGGUUCCCUAGGCUCGACUCUCAACGAGCGUGACCCUAAGACCCGAAAGAACAUCUUUGUUCGUCUCCGCGUCAUUCUCUUCAACUACAUGGCACUCUUCCACUUUGCCUUCGUCUAUGUCACCCUCGUUGCAGUGGUAAUCUCCUCCUACCGUUGCUUCGCCGUGGCCAGCGGCUUCAAGGGUGUCAUUAUCUGCUUGAUCACACACGCCUUCUGGCCCCCACUGACCUUCCUUUUCAUCUGCACAUCUCUGUGGACUCCGGUAUCCUACGCCAUUGACCCUCCCUCUAUGCCGGAGCGUGAAGACCUCUUGAAACGCGACCCGAAGACUGGAGUAGCCCACCCGACUAGCAAGAGCAAGAAGAUCGCUUUCGGUGGUCAGGCUGCUUGGUUCGAACUCCAGUACACGGUCGCCACUGUCGCCACCAUUCUGAUCUUUGUUUACUCUUUCUUCUGGUAA